GGGGGAGGGGGGAGUUGUUGCUAUGGGAUGGCUUCCAGCAAGGGGCAGGAGGUCGGGCCUGGACUGGUUGUAACUUGUGGGUAGAUGACAGCUGUGCCUGUUAUACACCUGGGGGCUCAGAGUGCUGUCGCUUACAUGCAGUCUGAAGCUCAUGUUCAGGAAACUCCACUGUGGAAAAACAUGACUCCUUGAAGGCCGUGUGCUUUUGCUGUGUACUAAGAUUGAAAGAGCAUUUGUUGAGCUCAUGAAAAUGGUUCUUACUCUGUUUCGGUAGUUAAUCAUGUCGAUGAAGACAGGAUGACUGUUGCUAUUGUGGACUUCAAAACUAAGGAGAAGGAUGACAUAUAAACACACAUCUGUCUUAACUACUGAUGUUUACGACCAUAGCAAAUACUGCCCGUGUAGGACAGAAAGCACAAAAAUGGUAUAUUUUCUCAAAAGUGGGUGCCUUGCUGUCUUUUGACAACGCAGCAUUUUUUAACAGCGGUGGGAAUUGUUUUGUAAAACAAAAACUGGACUCUCAGAACUUCACCACAAUGUUUUGUAUUGUUACUGAUCCUAUUUGUUGCUCUCUUUCUGUGUAUUUGCACUGUUUGAUUUCUACUUUGAUAAAUAUCUUUUUCUAGAACUUUUUUUCUGUAACGAAGCCCUCACGAGUGUUGUUUUUUCUUCAAUAAAGUUGUAAUUGCAUUAAACAAAUUGCUCUUGCAGUUAAUUUGGACGUUUUAAUGACGGUGACUCCAGAUGAUGCUCGAAUUGCUGGUGAGGUGGGGUCGAUAGGAUUAUUUUGCACCGGCCUGCUUCCAGUGUGGUAAAUAUUUCUUCUCAUUGGUAGGGCAAACCCAAAUGGCUGCCCUUUUAUCUACUUAUUUUUAUUGCAAGGGUGGUUGCAACCCUUGCGUGUUCUGGGAGAUGAUGUGCUUUCAGUUUUGGUCUUCUAAGAAAACUGUCUCGAAGCCGAAUGCACUCAAAUUUCUUCACAGGAAGGUCCAGUUUUUCUUUUUAUGUAGAGGAGACCUGUCUUUCUGUAACACAGGAACCUAGUGGUUUAUACUUUAUCUUUUUGAAAAGAGCUUAGAGGAACCAGGGGAGUUUCAUAUAACUUUCUUAUCAAGACAGCUAUGAGUAUGAAUCUAAACCUACAAAUGCAAUAGAUCCUUUCUUUAAAUGUUAAGUGCUUUGUUUUCUCUGCCUACUUCAACCUGCAUGACGUGGAGCUCUUGGAGCGGGUCCAGAGGAAGGCCAUGAAGAUGAUCAGAGUGCUGGAGCACCUCCACUAUGGGCAUAGGCUGGGAGAGUCGGGGCUCUUCAGCUUGGAAAAGAGAAGGUUCCGGGGGGGACCUUGUAGCAGCCUUCCAGUACCUGAAGGGGGCCUCAGGAAAGCUGGGGAGGACUUAUCGUAAGGGCAUGCAGUGACAGGAUGAGAGGAAAUGGUUUUAAACUGGAAGAGGGCAGAUAGAUAUUGGGAAAAAAUUCUUUACUGUGAGGGUGGUGAGACACUGGGACAGGUUGCCCAGAGAGGCUGUGAAUAACCCUACCCUGGAAGAAAAUCCAUGGUGGGUUUGAGUUUAGUAAUGAGACUACUGGAAGGCUGAUACACACCUAACAUGUACCUUUUCCCCUUCUCCCCCCAACAAGCUCUGGUUUAUGAGAGUAUUUUAUGGAUGCGUAUAGCUGGAAUUUUUUCCCCUUGCUUACCUGUUUAUUUUGUAUUGAGUUGCAGUAUCUAUGGGGUAAAGGAUUGUAAAUACCCAUCCAUACUGAACUGUGGAAACUCAUGAAGGCAGCAAAAACAUCUGUUUUCUCUUUUUUUUAUGAAGAAAGCUUCAGAUGAAUUAGAGAGAUGGGAUAGAAUAUCUAAGCUGCCAAUCUUUGGGAUUGCUAUUUUAAGUUAGCCUAUUUGAAACCCUUUUAAGUUUUUCCCAGGUUCCCAUGUGGCAUCUCUAGAAGAGGUUAUUCCUGAGAGUUUGUGAUAUAAAAUCUGCAGAAACAAGGAGUAACUCUGAUGUAGCUGAAAAAAUGGCACGUUAGAAGUAUAGGCUGGCCAGCGUGAUUUCAGUGCAGCUCUGAAGGGAUGUCACUUCCAAAUAUGUGGAGUUGAAAACACAUUAUUUUGUCAUGAGUAUUUGCUCUUGUGUUUUCUAGCUGUGUGUAAUAGGAUGCAUAAGUCUCGUUACUUUUGAGAGAAGCAAAUAUUUCAACUAUGUAUAAUUAUUAUUAGAAUCACAGAACAUCCCGAGCUGGGAGGGACCCAGGAGGAUCAUUAAGUCCAGCUCCUGGCCCCACACAGCACCACCCCGAAUCCAAACCCUCUGCCUGAGAGCAGUGUCCAAAUGCUCCUUGAACUCCAGCACUUGGGGCCAUGCCCGCUGCCCUGGGCAGCCCGUUCCAUGCCCACCACCCUCUGGUGCAGACCCUUUUUUUUUGUAGUACAUUUAUGUUUAUCACCAGCCUGACUGUGUAUUUUUUUUUAGAAAAAUUGCUCUGAAAAGCUUCCCAUGCUUUCUGAGCUGAUGUUGAUUAUAACAGCAGGCAGGGAGGUGCUACUGGAGCAGGCUGACUGAAUAACUGCUAAAAACGUACCUGGCUGAAGUUAUUGAAACUGUCCUCUCCACCACCCCGGCAUUAAUGAAAAGGCUAAUCUUCUCUAAGUCUCUUAUAACCCAGCAAUCUCUUAAGGGGCUGGAUCCGUGAUUAAAAACAGAGGGAAAGCAGCUGUCUUUUUAUCCUCUCAUAAUUAUUCCUUGGUCGUCAAUAGGUGUUGAUUUCCUGGGAGUGUCAUGGUGAUGGAGGUUACGUUUCCCUGUGUUGUUGGGACUAAAUGUUCAGGGGCGUUGGUUGUUUGAGUGCUCCACUGAGAGCUCUGGAGACGGAAAGUGUGAGUGUUGUUCUCUGUGAUUGCAUCGCAUCGUGAAGGUUUGGCUUAUUUUGGAAACGUGCAUCUAAAGGCCAAAAAACAGCUAUCCAGUGUCAAGGCAAGGAGGGGCCUCUAUAAUUACCUUUUCUCUGUUUUUUUUUUUUCUUCUGCUGUAUCUCACCAGCUGGUGGUAGGAAUGGGUUUUAGAAUGAUUUUAGUUAGAAAGUCAAAACCAGCAGUUUGCUUUUUGCUGCUGGAACUCGUGGAAUAAAUUUCAUUAUGUGUUUCGGGUUUGUUCUGUCACCGCUGUUUCCAGACCUUGUUGCUACAAUUAAAGAUAGGAUUCACUAAAUUCUUGUUGGUAAAUCCUGGAUGCAACCAGAGAUGUCUCGAAGUGUUGUACUUGCACUUUUGACUGGAAGGGGUUCGUUCUGGGCAGCUGUGAGCCACAGGAUGGCCGCUUCCUGGUCAGUAGCGCCCAGCUCUCCCCCUGGGGCUUCAGAGGAAGUUUUCCAUGUUGCAUGUUUGGUACAAACACUUCCUACUUCCUGGGUCAUCCAUACCCAUCUGCUUGUUUAAUUGCACAGCUACAGAUGACAAGUGCAAGAGGACUAAUUCACACUGUGUCCUACUUUCAGUGGCGAUGACUCAGUCACCUUGUUACUCUAUUACUUGGUAAGUGCAGUUGCCUUUUUCUUCAAAUGUCAAGUAUGGGAAGACUUCCAGCUAAGAAAGAACCCAUUUGAUACCUGAGAAUGGGUUAUUCUUAGUGUCCCAGGAGUACUCAGUGAUGUUAAUCCAUUUGUGUCUCAUUUUCAGCAUCUGCAGACUUGGAAAAAUUAAUCUCUCAAGAAGGUAGGAGGGAGAAGGGAUGUUUGGGAAGUAUUCAAGUUUGUUAUUUAGGUGAACAAAGGAGACAUUUAAAAUGUAAAGGAUGCCUCCUAAAAUAGCCCAAUUAUUUGUAGUAAAGAUCUCUGCUCUUCGUAUUUUCUAGAAAUGAAAAGCCAACAAUAAGCAAUUAACUGUAUAAAUCUACUGCUUUGGUCUCUCUCCUGUAGCCCCCCCUCACGGCAUCUGUCUGUAUGUAAGGCAGAGAUGGUGUAUGAUGUGAUGAAGACCAAUGCAUGAGGUGGGAUUCAUAUGGAUCUGGAUGUGUAUUUUUGAGUAAAAUCUGUGCCCUGGUUAUAUUAAGCUGAUGACUCUUCUUGCAUGCAUGCAAAUUUGUUAUUUCUUUGGCUAAUUCUGUGCCAUAAAGAUACAUCGGUGGUGAGAUGCGCCUUGUGAAUAUACUGCUACAUGCAUCACCAAUUGCUCUUAGAGCCCGAACUCUUAGAGCUGAAAGACCCUUCGCCAUGCUCAAAACCAGCAAUUGGCCUAUGCCCAUUAGCCAACCACAGGUAACUAAAAAAGUACUUCAUGGUCUCUUAUGUGUGUGCUCUGCCAUUUGAUCUUGUGUAGCACGUGCAAGGAAAAAUGAUAGAGCUUCUCUCUCCUUUUUGAGCAUUUGAAAAGGAAAGCCCAAACACUAAUCUAUUCAGUGUUACAUGAUGUUACCUGGUAAGCAAUUAUUUUUCCAGAUGCCAAGUGGCAAGCUUCAAAGUACCUAAAUAUCCUGUAGAUUUUAAUGUCCAUUCUUCAUUUGCUCAACAAUGUAUGACACAGAUAGGACCUACAAGGUCUGGCUGUUGCUGGUGAGGGAGAUGAUACCUGUUGGGUUUUUGCUCUGCGAGAUAAGUUGAACCUUAUUAAAUGAUGGAUUUAAUUUAAAUCCUGUUUUACAGAGUUUGCCAGACCCUUUCUUGUCUUUAUAAAUGUUAUCAGAGGUCCACGGUAGACCCCCAAACCAAAUCAUUUCAUUGCUUAGAGAUCUGGAAGCACAGAAACUCAACAAGGGCUCCUGAGUUAAACAAACACAAAGUUCUAAGUAAGUAGGUAGAAAAUAUAUUUCUCUAAAAAGAAAUGCCCAGAGUUUAUUUUCAUAACCAAGUCCCUGACUAUGUCAUGUCCAGCAGACCAGAAAUUUCACAGAUGCUACUGGAGCUAAAUGCAUCCAGAGGAAUUAGGCACUCAAAUGCCUCAUGUGCUAAAGUCCAAUGUUUAUGGAUCGGUGGUAUUCACAUAACUGAACCUUCACUUAACCCUUUAGCAUGGAACUGGACCCAGUUUUCUCAGAUCCCUAUCUCACUGCUGAAGUUGAUGGAUUUCUUGGUAAAAUAGUGGCUUCUUUUACAACUGUCCUUCAUGGAAAGAGUAGACAGUUUGAAGAGACUUGCCAGAUAAGGUCUCAGGCUGAGAGGAGAGGGAAUGCCGGUUUUAGGAAUGAUGAGGGAGCUUUUGGAUGAGGCAGACCUUGAGUAGGUCAGCAAUGCCAGGCCUCAAGACAGUUAUGCCCAUAACUCUCAGCCUCAGAAGUGUGGGAUCUGUCCCUAGAAAUGCAGCCAGAAGGGAGUUAAGGUACUGGUAAGGUGCUGCAGGAGUUUUGUGAAUGAAACUGGGGACCAAAGGAUGGACAGAGCCGGCAUCAACAGUGGAGUGUAGGGACGCUACUUUUUCCUUUUGCAAUCUAACAUGUUAAUUUAGGAACUUGGAGGAUGUUGAGUAAUGAACUUAAUGCGUUUAUUCAACAUGCUGGGUGAAAAUAAGACUACCCUCUUCUAUCUUUAAGACUAUCUUCUCUGUUUAACUGUCUUGACUGUUACUAGCUCCUUCAGCUAGAGUCCGCAUCAGCGGGAAUGCAAUUUCCAUGCAUUGUUUCAGUCUGGAGAUGAAAUAAUUUUCAUUAAUGGAAACCUGGUUCUCAAGCAGAACAAUUAGACCCACUUCAGGUUGAAAAAAGAUAAAAGCAUGCUAAUUUGGAUGGAGGACUCUUCUUUCAAGGCAGCCAAUUGAGUCAUCAGCCUGCCACCCACCUGACCGUCUGACAGGUAAUUAGGAGAUAGUCCUUUUUUGUGUGUGGAGUGUGUGCAUAAACCUGCACACGCUGGUGUCACUGCCCAUUGGGACUUCCAGAGGACAGCGCUAGUCAGUGGCAAAAGAGUGAGGAGGGCACGUUUCUCAGGCUGCGCCCAACGAUCUGACUUUUGCUUUUUGGUUUAGCUUCCUAUUUCUGUCUUUGAACAGCCACCUGAAGUUUCUGGCAGUAAAGUCGUCAUGGCAGACCUGGGCUGCAAAAAGCCCAGUGACUGCACCGUCUCCAGGCUGCUCAGCGUCGUGGAGAGCGAACUCCGGGCUGGGAGAGACAAAGGUGACCCCACUGAGAAGCAGCUCCAGGUUGUCUUAGAGGAUGCUCCCCUUUGGCAGAGAUUCAGAGAAGUCACCAACGAGAUGAUUGUGACCAAGAAUGGCAGGAGGAUGUUCCCUGUUUUGAAGAUCAGCGUCUCAGGCUUGGACCCAAAUGCCAUGUAUUCUUUCCUGUUAGACUUUGCCCCGACUGAUGGCCACCGCUGGAAGUACGUCAAUGGAGAAUGGGUGCCAGCUGGGAAACCAGAGCCACCAAACCACAGCUGUGUCUACAUCCACCCAGAUUCUCCCAACUUUGGGGCCCACUGGAUGAAAGCUGCCAUCUCCUUCAGCAAAGUCAAACUUACCAACAAGCUCAAUGGGAGUGGGCAGAUAAUGUUGAACUCCCUGCAUAAAUACGAGCCCCAGGUACACAUAGUUCGUGUAGGAGGCCCCCACCGGAUGGUGAUGAACUGUUCCUUCCCUGAGACUCAGUUCAUAGCUGUGACUGCCUAUCAAAAUGAAGAGAUAACAGCUCUCAAAAUCAAGUAUAAUCCCUUUGCCAAAGCCUUCCUGGAUGCAAAAGAAAGAAACCAUCCCAAGGAUGCACCAGAAGCAGCCUCUGAAGGUCAACAUAUGACAUACUCUCACUUGGGUGGCUGGUUGAUUUCCAACCCAGAUACAGUGUGUGCAUCAGGAAGCUCUAAUUACCAGUACACUGCACCUUUACCUUUGCCAGCUCCACAGGCUCCCCACGGCUGCGAGCGAUAUUCAGCACUGCGAGGGCAUCGGGCUGCUCCAUACCCACCUUCCUACAUGCAAAGAAAUCAUUCACCUACAGUGAAUUUUUUUGAGAGCUCCAGCAAUAAUCUUCAGGUAUUCUCAGGACAUGACAGCUGGACUUUGCCAUCCUCUCCACAUGCUAACUUGCUCUCAGUGCCACACACCAAGGGAGCUACCAGCCCAGGGCCCAGUCAUUACCCUUGUCUGUGGUCAGUGAGCAACAGUGCUGUAAGUGUCACCAACCCAGGAAGUGAGGCAACUGUGUCUGGUGGCAUGGAAACACAAGGGGAAGCUCCUCUAGUCAGACUAGCCGACUCUGCGUGGACAUCCUCACACUCCUUUUAAUGGACAGGCAGCUCAAAUGGAAAGCUCAGCCAAACAAGAGAGACACAAAAGGAACCCCAGGAACCAAGCUCAGAACAGGGAUGUGUAUGCAGAAUACUCCCCAUCAAGCAUCACUUUCAAUAAUGUAUCUCUUGUGUGCCAGAGAAACCAAAAUGCAUAAUGCAAAGGAGGAAAAUAGUAUGGGAACCGGGAACUGGCUUAUUACUCUAACCUUCCUGAAUUAUUGAGGAUGAUAUCCAGAAAGAAUCUUCAUAGUUGGCUUUGCUCCUUCCUUACAUUAAAAUGACCAGAGAUAUGGGACUGACUGAAGCAGACAAGGCAGCUGGAUAUUUGCACGUCGUUUUAGAAGGGCCCUUUCUGAAACUGAAAGCCAAGUCCAUGGAAAUCGUGGACAAGUUUGCAACAAUUGAUUUGAAGUGACAGGGCUGCUUUAAAGGCUUUCUGAAUUGUCACAUGAAGGUUUCCUGAAACUAAGCUCUUUAGGGGAGCUGAGAUUAGUCUGACACCCUAAUGCAGCUUGCAUAUGAUAUUCUCUGUCCCUUUCCUUUUUCCAGCUCCUGUGUGCUCUUUCUGUGUUAUAGGGAUAAAGGAUAACGCUCAAGCCGAGAAAGCAGCUGCAUUGUAGCAGCAGGUGAUGGGCAUCUGGUUUAGCAUUUAUAGUCUGAUGUUAAAUGAAAAGUUCUGUUUUCUGCAUGUGUUGUUUUUGAGAGGAUGGAGGGAAAAGAAUUCUAGAAAAAACUUCAGCUUACACUUUCACUUUGCUUCAGGCACAGAGUACUAAUAAAAUAUGAAUCAAUGGUG